AUGUUGUACGAAUUGAUUGCCAUCGUCCGCCCCGGCAGCCUCAACGAGGUUCGCGAGAUUGCUCGUAACGCAGGCUUGCAAGUCAUCCGCUCCGGUGGCGUUGUUCGUGGGUUCACCAACUGGGGCGCAUUCCGCCUGCCCAAAGUCACUACCAAACAUCAGGCCCGAUACAGCGAGGGCCAUCACUUCAUCAUGCGUUUCGAUGCUUCCGGCCCAGUUCAGUCCUCUAUUCGCCGCACGUUAGGUCUGGAUCCCCGUAUGAUCAAUUUCUCCGUCGUCAAGCUUGGCGAUAAGCUCGAAGAGAUCAAGGAUAUCGAUGGCAAGGUCGAAUGGAACAAGACUCGGAGUAUCGCGGACUCCAUCUAA